GUCUCUGCUGUUCUGCUGCACGGGUUUGAGGAACACUGCAAGUUUGCUGUGGUCUGAAGGCAGUAGGAUGCUUAUCAAGGAUGUAUUAUAUUCUUGCUGUAUGAAUGUGAGGCUGUUAUGUGAGAUCUAUCUUAAUAACACACAAGAUAUUUUGCACAGAUCUUUCCUGCACUGCUCCUCAAUCUGACUGCCCACGUGAGGACACAAAGUAGGCGCAGUGCUCCACUGGACAUGGAGAGGGUCGACGUUUGGUGGACCAUGAGGCUGGAUGUCUUGUUGGGUCAUUGACUUUUGAAGCUGCAGGGUGUUGGAUGUGUACUCAACCCACCUGAAUAUCCACUGCCAUCCAGUACUGUGAGUUUGAUCUCCAGGAUGACUGUGGUGGUUGCUGGAGAUAACAUGGACGAGACAUCCUCCACUCUGCAGGGGCAACCACAGGACUCACAGUAUUCCCCCGAGUGCUGCGAACGAGUUGUUAUCAACAUCUCAGGGCUGCGUUUUGAGACACAACUGAAGACGCUCCACCAGUUCCCUGACACACUACUGGGAAACCCCAAGAAAAGGAUGCGCUACUUUGACCCUUUAAGGAACGAGUACUUCUUUGACAGAAACCGUCCGAGCUUUGAUGCAAUCCUCUACUACUACCAGUCAGGGGGAAGGUUAAGAAGACCCGUCAAUGUACCUUUGGAUAUGUUCUCAGAGGAAAUUAAGUUCUAUGAACUUGGAGAAGAAGCUAUGGAAAAAUUUCGAGAGGAUGAGGGCUUUAUUCGUGAGGAAGAGCGGCCCCUGCCGGAGAACGAGUUUCAGAGACAGAUUUGGCUGCUAUUCGAGUAUCCCGAGAGCUCAGGCCCCGCUAGAGGAAUCGCGAUAGUGUCCGUCAUGGUUAUUCUCAUUUCUAUUGUGAUAUUUUGCUUGGAGACUUUACCAGAGUUGAAGGAGGAUCCACGCGGACGGCUCCAGGUGAUAGGCAACAGCACAUUCUACUUCAAACCAAAUAUUCUUACUGAUCCAUUUUUUGUUGUGGAGACACUCUGUAUCAUCUGGUUUACUUUUGAGUUGAUUGUCCAUUUCUUCGCUUGCCCAAGUAAACCUGCCUUCUUCAAAAACAUGAUGAACACGAUCGAUGUGGUGUCCAUCAUUCCAUAUUUCAUAACGCUUGGAACAGAGAUGGCGGAGGACCCCGAGGGUGGAAAGGAGGCAAAGGGUGGAGGAGAGCAGGCCACAUCUCUGGCCAUUCUCAGAGUUAUCCGCUUGGUCAGGGUGUUUCGGAUAUUUAAGCUGUCCAGACACUCUAAGGGGCUUCAGAUCUUGGGCCAGACUUUGAAAGCCAGCAUGCGUGAGCUGGGUCUUCUCAUCUUUUUUCUUUUCAUUGGCGUCAUCUUGUUUUCCAGUGCAGUGUUUUUCGCUGAGGCUGAGGAAAAGGAUUCCUUCUUCACAAGUAUCCCAGAUGCCUUUUGGUGGGCAGUGGUUUCGAUGACAACCGUGGGGUAUGGAGACAUGUACCCCAUUACUAUUGGGGGCAAGAUAGUAGGCUCUCUAUGUGCCAUUGCUGGAGUGCUAACUAUCGCGCUUCCAGUGCCUGUGAUUGUGUCCAACUUUAACUAUUUCUAUCACAGAGAAACCGAAGGUGAUGAACAGGCACAGCUCCUCACGGUGAGCGAUCCGAACAUCGCGUCUGAUUCUAACUCCAGUCGUCGCAGCUCAUCUGUUGUCAGCAAGUCAGAAUACAUGGAGAUUGACGACAACCUAAAUAACAGCAUUGAUAAUUUUCGCGAGGCAAACCUGCGAACUGGGAACUGCACAGUUGUGAAUCAGAAUUGUGUAAAUAAGGGGAAGCGUCUCACGGAUGUAUAGAUUUCCAGUGUCCCCCGGCUGUAUAUAGUGUACUCUUUUCAUAUAUCAGAGUGCUUUAACAAGGCCUCUGAUAAUGUGUUAGUUUCAUUGUGUAUGUUCUCUCAAGUCCACGAGAGUUGCUUUGAUUCUGUCUGGAGAAUGGUAGUCUAAAAUCUGCCUAUGAAUACCAAAUAUUGAAUAAUUAAAAGACAGAAUAACUAUUAUAUGUACUUGGGUUAGAGUACUUGCAUAUGAGAGUAUUUUUCAU